AUGGGAAACUGCAUAUCCUACACUAGAAAAUCUAGUGCUACGAGCAAGAAACGACAUGGAAAUCAUAACUACGAGAGCACGAAAAACCCGUCCUCGAAACACGUUUCCGAUGAAGUAGUACCUGUACAAGAACCGAAACAAAGUUUCAAAGCAAUGUCUUUGACAGAUAAGCUUAUGGGGAAUGUACAGAUCCAGAAUAUUAUUUCGAACCCUAACGAGGGCAAUAUCUAUGAGAAAUAUAAACUUGGAAAAGAAUUAGGGCGCGGCGAGUUCGGGAUCACGUUUCAAUGUGUUGAAUUAGGGACAGGUGAAACUUAUGCAUGCAAAAGGAUUACAAAGGAGAAGCUGAAAACUGAGGUGGAUGUGGAUGAUGUGAGGAGGGAGGUGGAUAUCAUGAGGCGAUUGCCUAAACAUCCAAAUAUUGUGAGCUUCAAGGAGGCUUAUGAGGAUAAAGAGGCUUGUUAUUUGGUUAUGGAGCUCUGCGAAGGCGGCGAGCUUUUCGAUCGGAUCGUUUCUAAGGGACAUUACACUGAACGUGCUGCUGCUAAAACUGCCAAGACCAUUUUGGAGAUUGUCAAGGUAUGCCAUGAAAAUGGAGUAAUACAUCGGGACUUAAAACCGGAGAACUUUUUGUUUGCCGAUGCCAGUGAAAACUCCCAACUAAAGGCAAUUGAUUUUGGCCUCUCCAUAUUUUUUGAACCAGAUGAACGCUUCAGUGAAAUCGUCGGAAGCCCGUAUUACAUGGCGCCGGAAGUUCUCCGGCGGAGUUAUGGACCAGAAAUUGAUGUCUGGAGUGCUGGUGUAAUCCUUUAUAUCUUGCUUUGUGGAGUUCCUCCAUUUUGGGCAGAAACUGAGGAGGGAAUAGCGCAUGCAAUAAUUAAAGGGAAAAUAGAUUUUGAGAGGGAUCCAUGGCCAAAGAUUUCUCAAGAAGCAAAAGAAUUGGUGAGGAGUAUGCUUGAUGCAAAUCCUUACAAUCGCUUAACAAUUCAAGAAGUUCUUGAGAACCCUUGGAUACAAAAUGAGAACCAUGCUCCUAAUAUCUCCCUGGGAGAAAAUGUGGCAUCAAGGAUUAAGAAUUUCUCCUUGAUGAAUAAGUUCAAGAAGAAAGUUCUAAGAGUGGUAGCAGACAACUUGCCAAAUGAUCAAUUAGCAGGAUUAAAGAAGAUAUUUGACAUGAUGGACACAGACAACACUGGAGACUUGUCAUUUGAUGAGCUAAAAGAUGGUCUCAAUAUGAUUGGGCAUAAAGUUUCUGAUCCUGAUGUCAAAUUGUUAAUGGAAGCUGCGGAUAUGGAUGGAGAUGGGUGUCUGAGCUGUGAGGAGUUUGUGACAAUGUCAGUUCACCUGAAAAAAAUCGGCAAUGAUGACAGUCUGUCUCAGGCUUUCAGUUACUUUGAUAAGAAUCAAAGCGGGUUUAUUGAGUUUGAUGAAUUGAGAGAAGCACUGCUAGAGGAUAAUCUUGUUCCCAACAAUGAACAGAUUAUUCAUGACAUUUUGUUGGAUGUCGAUUUAGAUAAGGAUGGUCGAAUAAGUUUUGAAGAGUUUAAGGCAAUGAUGAAAUCCGGGACAGAUUGGAAGAUGGCUUCAAGGCAAUAUUCGAGGGUAUUCCUAAACGCAUUGAGCAUCAAAUUAUUCAAAGAUAAAUCAAUGGAAUUAGUGAAACUCCCAAAUAAACAAGCUUCGAUUAAAGUGUAA